CAAAAUUCGAAGCUGCUCGUAGCGCGAGGGAGAACGAGAGGGACGAGAUCGGCGUCAUCUAGGGUUUCCAAGCGAUGAGGCCGGAGGCUGGAUCAAGCGAAUGCCAGAGUUUGGGCAGUUCUCUAUAUCCAUCUGGUCGAUUUCCAAAAGUCUCUAUUGGGAUCAGAGUUGAGAGAUGCCCAAAGAUGGGAUCUGGAUCAACAAAAGAAGAUGGUGCUGCAUUGCCUACUAGGGAGGGAGUGUCCUCAUCUCAGGGAAAGGUUUUUGAAGAAAAUAGAGGACCUGGAAUUGUAGAAGCCUCUGAAGGAAAACAGGCAGCUAAAGAUCAAAAGGCUUCUCCAUGGUUAGUUUGUCAUGAAACACCAACUACAGAGGCAGUGCAGAUCUUUGCAAAUAGGGCUUCAAUGCUACAGUCAGAGGAUGGUUUUCACAAAAAAAUUGAUACUGUUGCUAUCAGAAAAAGGACAGAGAAAGAUGGCAAGAGGGAAAGGGCGGAGAAACUUGUGUUUGCUACAAUGGAGGAAACACAUGUGCUAGAUGAAGGUAUAGGUGGAGAACAUCCUAAGGGAAUGAACAGGAACAAUAAUGAAGCUUUAAGAAUGAAGCUGUGGGCCAUACUUGGUACUGCUUCACAGAACAAGCAAAAUAUGGUCUCACCUAACUUUGAAGACACAAUAUUGCAUAUAAAUCAUAAAAGGGAAUCCCAAAUGGACAAAGUAGAAAAGCCAAAGCAGAACUCAGAUACGAUUGAGACGGAUUCUGAAAGCCCAAAACAAACCACAAGAAGACCUGUUACUCGCUCCUUAGCACGGAAGAAAGCUCCACGAACUACCGCGCACAAGUUGCCAGAUCAGGUUGGCUCUAGAAAGAGGCCUUUGUCCUCUUCCAUCUCGGGUGCUAAACUGAAACUUGAUGGGAAGAACAUCUUUUCUUUUGAGGAAGGUGAAGGAAAAGAACGAAGCUUAGAACGCACUGUCAGGUUUAAAUGGAAGAGAAGUGAGCAGAACAAGGCUAGAAUGGAACCUUGGAGGAUUUAUUUUCCUAGAAAACAGGCUUCAGACAAGAGCAUGCAGAUUGACGGUAAAGAACAAACACUGCCAUCACCUGAUAAAGCAUCACCACGGAUCAAGGAAACAGCACAUUCUUCUCAGCCAUGUCAGGGUCAGAAAGACAUUUUGGAAACAAACACUGAAGUUCCAGAUGUUAAUCAUCAUUCACAAACAGCAGUACACAAACAUUUUGCCUGCCCAUCACUAGCAUGUGAUGCGGAAACUCAUAAAUAUGAUGGUAGCUCAUUCCUGAAAAAGAAAACACGUUCAUGGGAACAUACAAACAGUUUGCCAGUGCCCAACGAUGCUUACCUGCACAAGUGGGUCGGUAGUCCAUCAGCAGCAAGGAAUUGUAAUCCCUUGGAUGACUCUCAGAGUCCAGCUGUAGCUAUGAAUGCAAAUACACCUACACCUUCACCAAGAAGGAAACUACCAAAUGAGGCUUUCUGGAGUCCUGCGCUGGUUAAGAAAAGAAAGUUGACAAGACAACUUUAUAGCUCAAAAAGUCUGGGUAAUUUAAGAAGAAAAUCUAAUGGUUCAGAUGCAGAAACAGAAACAUCUGAUUGUACUAGAGACGUUCGUCAGUCAGGAACACCACAUGUUGUGGGAAAGACAGAAAUCGAGAAGCAGCCAUCUCUAUCCCCAAUCAAGGUCCAGGACUCUGAGGGCUUUGACGCAAACAAUAUUUUUAAAAAAGGUUGUAGACAGAUUGAAAAAUGUGUUUCAGAUGCUGGCAGCCCCAAGAUUUCUCCACUCACACUUGAUCAUAGGAAAAGAGUACACAGGCAAAAAGUUGGAAGUUUGUGCAAAACCAACCUAUCUUCACCAUCUCUAGUUGGCACUUACAGAACUGAAGAAACAACUGGUUCACAUGAAUCUUCAGAUCAAUACCCAGAGGAUAGCUUGGCAAGAGCUGUCUGCCAGCUGGCAUUGGUUUUGGAAAGGUUCAAAAGCAAAGUAAAAUCACACACGAACAAGAAAAGCUCUAAGACACUCUCAGUUGCUGCAGAAAAAAUACGCCUGCAGCUACAAGAUGCUGAGUCUCAUAUACAGGCAGAUUUACGGAAGUUCAUCGGCACUGGCAAUUCCAAGAGAAAGCAUCUGGAAUCUAAAUUUCAAGAGCAACAAGGAAAGCUGAAGUUUAUACAUGACAAAUUUAAAGAGGAGGUCAAUCAGCACCUCCUGGACUGCACGAGCAUCCUGGAAGAGUUUGAAGCACACCAAACAGAACUUAAAGGAUGUGCAGACCGGCAGAAGAUGUCACAUAGGAAGCUUCUCCUGCAAGUUGAAGAAGCAAUGGAGGCUCAGCUAAAUGAUGCAGAGACAAGCAUUGGCAUGGUUCAUAAGGAAGCAAGGAGAAAGAUGAAUGGCUUAAAGCAUGUAUUGAAGGAGUUGCUGGCAGAGGGCACAAUUUGUUGAUCAGGUUCGUCAUAUGAAGGAUGAUGACACUAGCUACGGCAGGUUUCUGCUUGAAUCACACGAGUCCAUGAGUGUAAACAUGCCAAACCUUAGCGAAUCCUCAUUGUUGUUCCACACUUGUAAAAGAAAGGAGAAGAAAAAGCUGACAACUGUUAUUUUUGGCUAUUAAAGUUACAACUAUGCAAAUUAUCUCAUUGUUUCGAUGCUGUAUAUAGGACAUUAGGACCAAUGAGUGAAAUGUCCUUAUAGUCAAUGUAAAUCUCUAUAAUGAUGAUGAAAUGACCAAGAAUUGAUUUUUGUUUAA